CCGCGGCGUCUGUGUCAGGCUCGUCCCACCCGGACUUUCAAAGGACAGCCUUCCCGUCCCAGUCAUUCGCUCGUCGCCACGUGUUUCUAAAACGGCUGCCGGGACAGUUGGGUUGUCCAACAGGUUUGCAUUUCCUCACGGCUGUGUCCUGAAGACAGAACCAUGCCAAAGAAAGCAAAGCCUGCAGGGGCUGGGAAGGAAGAGGGGCCCGCUCCCUGUAAACAGCUGAAAAUGGAGGCAGCUGGGGGGCCCUGGACUUUAAACUUCAGCAGUCCCAGCGGUCUCUUUGAAAGUUUAAUUGCGCCCAUCAAGACAGAGACUUUUUUCAAGGAAUUCUGGGAGCAGAAGCCCCUUCUCAUUCAGAGGGAGGACCCUGCUCUGGCCACGUAUUACCAGUCCCUGUUCAAGCUGUCUGAUCUGAGGAGUCUGUGCAGCCGGGGUAUGGACUACGGAAGAGACGUGAAUGUCUGCCGGUGUGUCAAUGGGAAGAAGAAGGUUUUAAAUAAAGAUGGCAAAGUGCACUUUCUUCAGCUGAGAAAAGAUUUUGAUCAGAAAAGGGCAACAAUUCAGUUUCACCAGCCUCAGAGAUUUAAGGAUGAGCUUUGGAGGAUCCAGGAGAAGCUGGAAUGCUACUUUGGCUCCUUGGUUGGCUCGAAUGUGUACAUCACACCCGCCGGAUCUCAGGGCCUGCCGCCCCAUUAUGACGAUGUUGAGGUUUUCAUCCUGCAGCUGGAGGGGGAGAAACACUGGCGCCUCUACCCCCCGACACGGCCCCUGGCACGGGAGUACAGCGUGGAGGCUGAGGACAGGAUUGGGAGGCCAGCACACGAGUUCACGCUGAAGCCUGGUGGUUUGCUGUACUUCCCCAGAGGGACCAUUCAUCAAGCAGACACUCCCCCGGGGCUGGCCCACUCCACUCACGUGACCAUCAGCACCUACCAGAACAAUUCAUGGGGAGAUUUCCUUUUGGACACCAUUUCGGGGCUUGUAUUUGACACCGCCAAGGAGGACAUGGAGUUCCGAGCUGGCAUCCCCCGGCAGCUGCUCCUGCAGGUGGAAACCACAGCUGCUGCGACAAGAAGAUUAUGUGGCUUUCUGAGGAAGCUCGCGAACCGGCUGGAAGGCACCAACGCACUGCUUUCAGCAGACAUGAAGAAGGAUUUUGUUAUGAACAGACUCCCACCUUACUAUGUGGGAGAUGGAGCAGAGCUUUCAACACCAGGUGGACAGUUGCCGAGGUUGGACAGCGUAGUGAGGCUGCAGUUUAAAGAUCACGUCGUCCUCACGGUGGGGCCAGAUCAGAGUCGCUCUGAUGAAACUCAAGAAAAGAUGGUUUACGUCUAUCAUUCUUUAAAGAACAGGAGAGAGAUACACAUGAUGGGAAAUGAGGAAACAGAGUGUCACGGACUUCGCUUUCCUUUAUCUCAUGUGGAUGCACUGAAGCAAAUUUGGAACAGCUCAGCUAUUUCUGUCAAGGACCUGAAACUUCCCACAGAUGAGGAAAAGGAAAGCCUCGUAUUAUCCCUCUGGACAGAAUGUUUAAUUCAGGUAGUCUAGUGCCUUUACAGGAUCAAGUGCCUAUUCUUUUAUACACACACACACACACACAAAGCAAGGAUUUAUGUGCUAGGGAGCCCCUGGGGCUCCGAGUCAAGACUGGGUAGGAGGACCGGUUCUACACAACUUUCCUUCCGUGUGUGAGACCGACCUGUUACAGGUGGGCAGUAGGCCGUAUGUACUAACAGAGAGGCACGUGGAAGAAUGGCAAAGUAAUGUGUCCCAGGAAGUGACAAAACCGUACUUUUGACAAGUUUAUUUAAUCCAGUGUGGUAGAAAAGGCACAACUACAAUAAAUGUAUCAUUUAAAUUUAAAUGUCGUUACCUGGCUUUGUCUUUGGAAGAAACUUCUUUAAAGAGCCUCAUUGGCUCUAGAAAAAUUUUAAUGAACAUGAAAAAAGAAUUGUUUUUUUUUUUUUUUACAAUGGAAAUA